UAGGGAUAGAUUAAUGGUGCUCAUAUAACUUAAUAGGGUGAUAUUUAACGGGACAUCCUGAGAUGAAUCCUAGUUGAUCGCAAACGGUGGAGUCGCCACCAGCGCUGGACGUCUGGACGGUGAAUUCAAUCAACCUUCCAUAUUGGGCAGGCCAGAUCCUGUACUUACGCGUUCAUUCAAGGACGCGUCUACCUUCCACCACUCUCUGUUCCUGUCACUCUCUACGCUGCCAACAUGUACAGGAACACUUACGACUCUGAUAACACCGUCUUCUCCCCUCAAGGCCGUCUUCACCAAGUGGAGUAUGCGCUUGAGGCUGUCAAGCAGGGCUCGGCUGCUGUAGGCUUGAGGUCGAAAACUCAUGCUAUUCUUCUGGCACUAAAGCGAUCAACGGGAGAACUUGCGUCAUACCAACAGAAGAUGUACCGAAUAGAUGACCAUGUUGGCAUUGCGAUCGCUGGUUUGACUUCUGAUGCCCGUGUACUGAGCAAUUUCAUGCGGCAGCAAGCCAUGUCCUCCCGCAUGGUAUUCAACCGACCGAUUCCCGUCAAUCGUCUCGUUUCCUCCAUUGCUGACAAGGCGCAAGUAAAUACUCAAGAAUACGGACGCCGCCCGUACGGUGUCGGUUUCCUUGUGAUCGGACAGGAUAAGACUGGCCCACAUCUAUACGAGUUCGCCCCCUCCGGCAACUCCUAUGAGUAUUACGCCAUGUCCAUCGGUGCCCGGAGUCAGAGCGCAAAGACGUACCUUGAGAAGCAUUUCGAGAGCUUCGCCGACUGCACUCUAGAAGAUUUGAUUCGUCACGGUCUCCAUGCACUUCGCGAAUCGCUUCAACAAGACAAGGAGUUGACCAUUAACAACACUUCUAUUGGCAUAGCUGGUCCCGCUAGCGUACACGAGAAAGAUGUACCGGCUGGAGGCUCGUUCCGUAUUCUUGAAGGCGAGCCUGUCGAAGUCUUCCUGAAGAGCAUGGUGCCGAAGGAGACCGCAGAGGCGCAGGCGGCUGAAGCGCCAGCAGCUGAGGCUCCUCCUGAUGGUGCUGCUCCUGCCCAGGCAGGUGACCAAGAUGUGAGCAUGGCAGAGUAGAAGUUUGGGCUUUAUCUUUGUAUUUCUUUUACGCUUGUAAUGGUUACAUUUUCAUGAUGCAGGAGAUGUUGAGCGAGUGGUGUGCGUGUAAUUGCGCAAUGCAUACUAUACGAAAAUACAGAAUGGCGGGAUAGAAAUGUGCUACAAUGUAUGGGGGUACCCUAGAUACCAUAAUGCAGGGAUUGGUAUCAACUGCUUCGUGCUUUGCGAGCAUUCAUCUGAGUUUGUCUCCAGAUUUUAGCAGCAGCUCCCGGUCUCCUCAGCGAGACUAGAAGGUGCAUCAUUGUCGUGAGUAGCAUCACACUGCCCGCUUGAUGCAUUGCGGCUAAGGAAAUUGGUACCAGGUAAAUGAGCGUCGAUAUACCCAGCAAUACUUGCAGGUUCGCCAUAGCGAACGCUGAGAGCGCCAUUCUACGUGCUAGCGGUGGAAGUGCGGCACGAAGAGUAGGUCUCAGGGUCGCUGCGUAAAGAGCAGCUGUCGAAAAGUACGUUGUGAUUGC